CCCGUACAUCCAUAUGUACAGGAUGUCUAGACAUCCAGAGGAUGUCUAAUUUGUCUCCUAAAUGUAACUGGAAAAAGUUUAUCCGUCAAAGUUUAUCAGCUAGUAGAAAGAGAGAAGCCGUACAAUGGAGAAACCAAAUAAGAGCAUGAAGAACAACAAGAACAAUGACACGAAAUCUUCAAAAUCAGCUAUAACACUCGAUCAGUUCGUGUCAAUCAUGAAUCCCUUGAUAGACUUGGAAAAGGAAGCUGAGAUUUCAGCUUCUUUGAGCUCCACCGAGACCAGAAGUUUGGAUGUUGCUCAAAAGAAGGGAUCCACUAUCCUCAACUUGAAGUGUGUAGAUGUACAGACAGGGUUGAUGGGCAAGACUAUUCUCGAGUUCAAGUCAAAUAAAGAAGAUGUUCUCCCCCCUCACAAGUUUGGGACCCAUGACGUUGUUGUUUUGAAGCCAAACAAGGCUGAUUUAGGUUCUCCUUCACUUGGACAAGGAGUAGUUUUCCGAAUCAAGGACUCAUCUAUUACAGUUGCUUUUGAUGAUAUUCCAGAAGAGGGAUUAAAUAGUCCCUUGCGUCUUGAGAAAGUGACAAAUGAGGUCACAUAUCGACGGAUGAAAGACACGCUAAUACAGCUAAGCAAAGGUGUUCGGAAAGGCCCUGCUUCUGAUUUGGUACCUGUUUUGUUUGGAGAGAGAUCACCAACAGUUUCUAAGAAAGAUGCGCAGUUUACCCUCUUCAAUCGUAACCUUGAUCACUCCCAGAAAGAUGCCAUCUCUAAGGCGCUUUCGUCUAAGGAUGUAUUUUUGCUCCAUGGACCUCCUGGAACGGGGAAGACAACCACUGUUGUUGAGAUCAUCUUGCAAGAAGUGAAACGGGGAUCCAAAAUUCUUGCUUGCGCUGCUUCAAACAUUGCUGUUGAUAAUAUUGUCGAGCGGCUUGUUCCUCACAAAGUAAAGUUGGUGAGAGUCGGGCAUCCUGCUCGUUUGCUCCCUCAAGUGUUGGAUAGUGCUCUUGAUGCUCAGGUUCUCCGUGGUGAUAAUAGUUCACUUGCAAAUGACAUACGCAGGGAGAUGAAGGCUUUAAAUGGGAAAUUGUUAAAAGCUAAAGAUAAAAACACAAAGAGGGAGAUUAGGAGAGAGCUCAAGACUCUUUCCAAAGAAGAGCGUAAAAGGCAGCAGCUGGCAGUGACCGACGUGAUAAAAAAUGCUGAUGUGGUGCUAACAACCUUGACUGGCGCAUUGACACACAAGUUGGGAAGCACUUCGUUUGAUCUAGUUAUAAUUGAUGAAGCUGCUCAGGCACUUGAAAUAGCAUGCUGGAUUGCUCUGCUUAAGGGUUCAAGGUGUAUAUUAGCUGGAGAUCACCUCCAGCUUCCCCCAACCAUUCAAAGUGUUGAGGCAGAGAAGAAAGGAUUAGGAAGAACAUUGUUUGAACGUAUUGCAGACUUGUAUGGUGGUGAUGUCAUGUCUAUGCUCACUGUCCAGUAUCGUAUGCAUGAACUGAUAAUGAACUGGUCAUCGAAAGAGCUUUAUGACAGUAAGAUUGAAGCACAUGCAAGUGUUGCUCAACAUAUGCUGUAUGACCUUGAGGGUGUGAAGAUGUCAAGUUCUAGCGAGCCGACCCUAGUUCUCAUAGACAUAGCUGGUUGUGAUAUGGAAGAGAAAAAAGAUGAGGAAGAUAGCACAUUGAAUGAGGGUGAAGCUGAGGUUGCCAUCACCCAUGCGAAGAGGCUUGUUCAAACUGGAGUCCGAGCUUCUGAUAUUGGAGUAAUCACCCCUUAUGCAGCACAGGUUGUGCUUUUGAGAGUCUUGAGAAGCAAAGAAGAUGUACUCAAAGAUAUGGAGAUCUCAACCGUUGAUGGUUUCCAAGGUCGAGAGAAAGAAGCUAUCAUCAUUUCAAUGGUGCGGUCAAACUCAAGGCAAGAGGUUGGGUUCUUGAGUGACCGGAGGAGAAUGAAUGUUGCCGUGACACGAGCAAGAAGACAGUGUUGUAUAGUCUGCGACACUGAGACAGUCAGCAGUGAUAAGUUUUUGAAGCGUUUGGUUGAGUACUUUGAGGAGCAUGGUGAAUAUUUAAGUGCUUCAGAAUAUGCAAACGAAUGAGACAUUUAUUUGCAAAUUUUACCAUGUUUUCAAACCGAGUAGUUUCAUUAUAAGUAGUCCAUUUUCUAGUUAUGAUCAAUGUCGAUGUUGAUUUAUUAUCAAUUCCAUAGUUACUCAUAUGAGACAUUUUGUUUCAAAUGUUAAGUGAAUUGAUGAUUUCUGAUUUAUUUGGCAUAAGAGUUUAUAAUAAUAUGGUUCACUCCAUGGUGGAAAA